UGUGGGCGGGGCCAGGGGCGCUGUAGAAUUCGACCAAUAGAGUGAAGGAGAAAUGAUCACUGGCCAGAAUGUCCGCCAAUGGACAGCGCCUCUGUCAAAACCACAGCCAAUAAGCGGCCCUCUCUGGACCACACUAAAUUGGGCACGUGUAUCCAUGCACAUGUUGACGCUCGUAAAGGAGUCGAGGGGGGAAAAAGAGGCAGCGGCAUAGUGGAGAGAAAAUCCAGUGAACGAACAGCGGGACCUCAGCGUAGACUGGCGGAACGGAUGAGCCAGACACGGCGCGUGCAUGCCAGUAGUCUCCGGAGUAACUAGGAGGACGGAGGGACUGGAAAAGUCUUAUUGAGCUCGUUUUCCGUGGGCGUCUCCAGACAUGCAGACAACAGGAAGAACCCCCUCCCCACCUUCCCAUGACUCCAUGAGCUCCAGCGACAGCUUCCUGUUCAGUGACAGUGACCCCGUGGAGGACGACACUGACGUCUUCCUGUCGGAGGGCAACGCUGGCCGUGCCGACACCCGCUCGCCCUCCUCUUCCCACUCCAGUCUCCAUGGCGACACUCUGUCCAGCCCCAGCUUGCGGUGGGCCAGUGACGGCCCCGGCCAAUGUGAGCGGUCAGCCCUGGUCACCGGGUUGCGGCCGACGCCACUGUCCUCGUCCGUGUCAUCGUCCAGCACAUCGGGGGUGUGGAGUGCUUCAGAAAGCGAAGGGGGCAGUGGGAAGAACAGCCAGUCCCACGGAGACCAGCUCUUCGCCCAGAAGUGUUUGGAGCUGCAGUGUUUUGUCAGGCCUCUACUGGAGCUGCUGCAUGGUCUGAAGAAUGGACGGUUUGAUAAGGGUCUGAGCAGUUUCCAGCAGAGCGUUGCAAUGGAUCGCAUCCAGAGGAUUGUGGGAGUGCUGCAGAAGCCAAACAGCGGGGAGAAGUAUCUGAACACGCUGCUGCAGGUGGAGAUGAUGCUGAAGCUGUGGUUUCCUCAGAUCUCCGCUCUGGCCUCCCCUGCUGCCCAGGUCACUGCUGCCUCUCAGACCACCGCUACCCACUCAGCCCCCAGCACCGCAAACAGCAGCAGCACACCGCCGCACAAGCACAAGGACCAGCUACACAUGCCCGUCAAGAAGCGUCGCCUCAGCUGGUCAGACACAGACUCUUCGUCCAUGCCUUCCCCCAUCCUUUGCAAGCGCUUCCAGCUCGCAGGUGACCCAGGGCCGAGCCCGGAGAGGGAGAGCAGCUCCUCAGCCCUGAACCAUCAGCGCCACGCGGAGCAACGCUGCACUGCCUCCGCCGACGAGCCGUCCUCCCCCCCGGCACCACGCUGGUCAGAGCCCAGCCUCACCUGGGUCCAUGUGGCCCCCAUCCCCUCACCCCGCAAGUCCUGCUCUGGGGUGGCAGGGCCAGGGCCAGGGCCAGGGCCAGGGGCAGGGGCAGGGGCAGGGGCAGGAGCGAAGGGCAGCUCUGCGGUGAUGGUGGUGGCCCCUCAGUCCAGUCGGGGGAGCCCAGCCAUGCAGGACAGCUCCAUCUCUUCCACCACCCCCCUCUUGCAGCCUUCCAGCCCGCUACUGCAGCCCAGCGUGGAAGCGGCAGACCCGCCCGGCAACACCCCCCCGGACCCCACACAUGACUCGCCCCUGCAGGGGAAGGGCUAGGCCACUGCUCCACCAAUCACAACGAGGCCUUUGAGCAGGGUGGAGUCAGGGGCGCUGCCCAACCCUGUGCAGAGCUAGUGCCCCAAAGCACAAGCCCUUGCAGCCGGACUGAAGCACCCUGCACUAAUUCUGGAGAGGGAUGGAGGGAGAGGGAUGGAGGGAUGGAGGAGAUGGAGGAGGAAGAGUGGAAAAACUUUUUUAAUAUUAUUAUUUGUUUUGUAUUUUCUACAGCUUUGGUGCAGCUACAGAAGAACCAUUGGACACAAAUAAUGUUUUGUCUGAAAUCUAAAGGCUCUGCUUAGUUUUGACUCUCGUCAACGUACAAUUAGAUGCAGAUUUUGACAGUUACAAACACCACAAUUUCAACCUAAACACAGAGAUGCCGUUAAAUAUCGUUUAGCAAAAAGAUAAGGGCGUGUGAUAAAGUUUUGAAGUGGUGGUCUAUGGGAUUUUGAGUUAUUUUCUCACCAUUACGAAGACAUGCAGUAAUGGAGAGAUUGCAUUAGCUAUAGGUAAACAAGGAGGGUGAAGGAGAAUGACACUGAUAUCAAAAAUGUGAUGUUCACAGAGUCACACACCUGUUCCCUCAGUGUCUCAGCUGUUUCUGUGGCUGACUGGGGAGAAAGGCUUACUUAAGCAAGUUUGGCAAUACAGAAAGGCUGCAUUAAAGACGACAUUAGUAGCAUCAGAAGAGUAGGAAAAUAACCCCAAACAAGUACUUGAUUAUGAGGCGUAUUGUUAUGUUUACACCUAAUGUAAUGCCCUUUACCAAAAUGCCGUGCUGUGAGGGUAGGUUGGUUAGAGGAAAAGCAUGUCAACAGAUCAAAAAGAUAAAUGUUAAAACCGUUCAGUGUCUGCAGAAGUAGGACACGGCCAAUCAGAAGUGGGAGGGUGUGGCUGUCUCUGGCACAGAAUGUAGACUACAGAACUCUUUUGCAGAGUUUCUAGAAGCAACAUCUUAGUGACCGCACACACGGUCAAACAGCAGUCUACAGAUAUGCACACAUUCAGUUACACAGAUGCUUUCACAUACUUGUGCACACAUACACGCAAAACACACAAACAUUCACAUACACACACACACACACACACACACACAAAACAGUCAAAACAAACUCUCUCUCUUGCUAUCAUAUAUGUGUAUGUGUGCACACAAUCACAAAAACACAUACACAGGCACACAGACACACAGACAGCAAUCUAUAGAUAUACAUCACCUCACACAAAUGCAUAAUACUCAUUCACCCACACGCUUAACUCUCACAAUAGCUCACAAAUCUACAUAUGCAUUCAGGCACAUAUUCAACCUCACUCACAUAUUCUCUCCAUUCAUUCUAACAUUGACAUAUUUUAUUCACACACACACACACUCACACUGCCAGGGUGUCAGCUGCAGGUUGAGGUGUUGCUCUCCAUAUGCUGCAAGCAGACAUGGUGGUGUACCUGGCUCUUUUCUGUCUUUAUUUAUUCAUGUGAAUAUAGACGUUUAUUUAUGUUUGUAUUAAUUUAUUUGGCAGCUGCGUCUUUGGGACUCAGAGACACUUCAUCACAUAGACUGGUACAGACUCUGUCACAGAUGCUUUCCUUUAUUUUUUACUUCACUAGUGGAGACAGAGGGAGAUCUUAGAUUGGAUGACAACUGUGCCUUUAUUACCAAAUAGGAUGUGUUCAAAAAGCGUUGAUACUGUCUGAUCAAUUUUUGCAUUUGCAUCCCAAACUAUGGUACAGAACAUGAUAAUAUCAAGGCUUCAAAAAACCCGAUGCUGCAUUUUUCAUUCCUCUCGUCUCCCAUCUUUUGUAUUGUCCAUUUGAACACUCCGAACCAGCAGCCACUAGGAGAACGUGCAAAAGCCCUGUGUUAAAAACAAUCACUGCUGUAGACCUGUACUUUGAUGUCAAAUGACUACUUUGAUUGUUCAAAAAAAUAUUGGCCCUCAUGUGAGAAAAAAAUAUAUUUUUUGAUGUUUUUUCUUUCAUUGAAGAGAUUGGAGUAGCAGAAUUUGACACUGCAGUUUGCAUUUUAAAAAAACUUGUUUUGAUUGCCAGAGAAAACUUGAAAAAAGUGGAUGUUAUUGAAUCAGAGGAGUUGAGGAGUAAACAUUAAGGGAAAUAAUAUAUGCACCGAUUUCAAGAGCUGCUAAAGUGCAUAAAUUGCUAGAGAUUCCUGUGACCAUUAAAACAACAGACACACUGAAAUUGGUCAGAAGUGAAGGCCAACAACACAAUGGCAGUGCCAUGAAACACAGAGGAGCAGACAGGACAGGGCUGGACACAACACCGAGGAGUAGACGGGACAGAGCUGGACAGGGUGCUCGCGUCUUCCUGCUACUGUGUUGUCAAGACUCCGAUAAUUUGCACUCAUUUGUUUGUGUUUGUUUUGUCAUGUUUUCUACGGCUAAUACCCAGACGAGUAGUCUGAUGUUGCGUCUGGUUUAUCUGAACUGCCUUUUUUAUAUUACAGUAGUGUCCUAGCCCCUCCCCCCCUCCUCUCCUCACACACUUCCUGUCCUUUCUUAUGUCCCUCUCUUCCGCUCUGGUUCUAUUUUCUCUUUCAGCUCCUGUUCUACUAAAUAACUCUGUCCUUCCUCCCCUCCUCUCCUCUCCUCUCCUCUCCUCUUCUCUGUCUGUAGUGAAUUGUACUCUACUUUUUUUCAACAACCAUGAAAGGAAAUCUUUUAAUAAAAAGACUCAUUUUAUGACCAAAA